GCUUUUCCAGCAGCAUGGACACAAGAAGCAUAUUAUAUUCGCUGAAUGACUAUAAACCACCCAUUUCUAAAGCAAAAAUGACCCAGAUUACAAAGGCAGCCAUCAAAGCUAUUAAGUUCUAUAAACACGUGGUACAAAGUGUUGAGAAAUUCAUUCAGAAAUGUAAACCAGAAUACAAGGUACCUGGACUGUAUGUUAUUGACUCCAUUGUGCGACAAUCCCGGCAUCAGUUUGGUCAAGAAAAGGAUGUGUUUGCACCCAGAUUUAGUAAUAACAUCAUUAGCACUUUCCAGAAUUUAUAUCGUUGCCCUGGGGAUGACAAGAGUAAAAUAGUAAGAGUAUUAAACUUAUGGCAGAAGAAUAAUGUUUUUAAGAGUGAGAUUAUCCAGCCUCUUCUGGAUAUGGCAGCAGGGAUUCCUCCCCCCGUUGUCACCCCUGUUUUGGCCAGCACCACGGCAGCUAUGAGCAAUACUCCAGGAACACCUGUGACACCUGUUACUCCAGCUAAUGUGGUCCAAGGCUUACCUGAUCCAUGGGUGUCUCAGAUAACAAACACAGACACGCUGGCAGCUGUUGCUCAGAUCUUACAGAGUCCUCAAGGUCAACAGCUUCAGCAGCUAAUACAAACCUUACAGAUACAACAGCAAAAGCCCCAGCCUUCCAUCCUGCAGGCCUUGGAUGCUGGUCUUGUGGUUCAGUUGCAAGCACUCACAGCACAACUUACAGCCGCAGCUGCAGCAGCCAACACGCUUACACCCUUGGAUCAGGGUGUCUCUUUCAAUAAGAAGUUGAUGGAUAGGUUUGACUUUGGGGAAGAUUCUGAGCAUAGUGAAGAAUCCAAGAAGGAAAUGCCUACUCCUCAACUCUCUCACGUUUCCGAGUCUGUGAACAACUCCAUCUUCCAUCAGAUAGCGGAACAGCUGCAGCAGCAGAACCUGGAGCAGCUGCGGCAGCAGCUCCUGGAGCAGCAGCAGCCUCAGAAGGCAACUCCUCAAGAUAGCCAGGAGGGAACAUUUGGGUCCGAGCACUCAGCUUCCCCCUCACAAGGAAGUAGCCAGCAGCAUUUUCUGGAACCUGAAGCAAAUUUAGAUGAUUCCAUAGACAUUCAGCAACAGGAUAUGGAUAUUGAUGAAGGGCAAGAUGUUGUUGAAGAGGAGAUCUUUGAACCAGAAGCUAAGAAAGUAGCUGUUCGCUCAAGAUCAAGAACUCAUUCACGAUCUCGAUCAAGGUCACCAAGAAAACGAAGGUCCAGGUCACGAUCUGGGUCUCGAAAGCGAAAGCACAGGAAGCGAUCUCGCUCCCGUUCGAGAGAAAGAAAGAGAAAAUCAUCACGCUCAUAUUCAAGUGAGAGAAGAGCUAGAGAGAGGGAGAAAGAACGACAGAAAAAGGGAUUGCCUCCCGUCAGAUCAAAAACACUAAGUGUGUGCAGUACUACUCUUUGGGUUGGCCAAGUGGAUAAGAAGGCUACACAGCAAGAUUUAACCAACCUUUUUGAGGAGUUUGGACAAAUUGAAUCCAUUAAUAUGAUUCCACCCAGGGGCUGUGCGUAUGUCUGUAUGGUUCAUCGACAGGACUCAUUUCGGGCUCUUCAGAAACUGAGUUCAGGAUCCUACAAAAUUGGUUCCAAGGUCAUUAAGAUUGCUUGGGCUUUGAACAAAGGUGUAAAGACAGAGUAUAAGCAGUUCUGGGAUGUGGAUCUUGGAGUCACAUACAUACCCUGGGAAAAAGUUAAGGUGGAUGACUUGGAUGGCUUUGCGGAAGGAGGCAUGAUUGACCAGGAGACUGUAAAUGCUGAAUGGGAAACUGUGAAAACCUCAGAACCUGCUAAAGAGACAGUCCAGACAACACAGAGUCCAACUCCAGUUGAAAAGGAGACAGUGGUCACAACGCAGGCAGAGGUUUUCCCUCCACCUGUUGCUAUGCUGCAGAUUCCAGUAGCACCAGCGGUUCCUGCAGUUAGUUUAGUUCCACCAGCAUUUCCCGUCUCAAUGCCGGUCCCCCCUCCUGGAUUCAGCCCAAUCCCUCCACCUCCUUUUCUACGAGCAAGUUUUAACCCUUCACAACCACCUCCUGGUUUUAUGCCACCUCCAGUUCCCCCGCCUGUGGUACCUCCCCCUGCAAUACCACCAGUAGUACCAACAUCUUUAGUGCAACCACCAUUGUCCAUGACCCCAGAAACUGUGAAAGAUGUUGGAUUUGGUAGCCUUGUUUUACCAGGUGGUUCUGUUGCCAGCAGUCUUGCUCCUUCAACUCUACCAGCAGGAAACGUUUUUAAUCCUCCCAGUAAAGCAGAGCCUGAAGAAAAAGUACCUCACCUUACAGAACACCAGAUUCCUUCUGGUGAGAAUACCAGACCAGUGAUUCCAAAUGAUAUUCCAAGUAGUGCUUCGAUGUUAGCACAGCCGCCUGGGCCCUCAAGUACCUCUGGGAUCCUGUGCGUGCAGAGACCAAAUGUAUCAAGUAAUUCUGAAAUUCUGGGGGUUCGGCCAGCUAAUGUUUCUAGCAGUCCUGCGAUUAUGGGAGCCCAGCCACCAAAUAUUCUAAAUAACUCUGGAAUUUUGGGCAUACAGCCACCAAAUGUGUCCAGUGGCUCUGGACUUCUCGGGGUUCUGCCUCCAAACCUGCCUAACAACUCUGGACUUGUAGGACUACAGCCACCAAAUGUUACAAAUCCUGCUGGACUUUUAGGACCACAGCCACCGAUUGGACCUCAGAACUUACCCCCAUUAACUAUCCCUGCUCAAAGGAUGCCUGCAUUGCCAAUGUUAGACAUUCGUCCAGGACUGAUACCACAGGCUCCUGGACCAAGAUUCCCUUUACUACAGCCUGGAAUACCCCCGCAGCGGGGUAUCCCUCCCCCAUCGGUACUUGAUGCAGCUCUUCAUCCACCACCCCGUGGACCUUUUCCUCCAGGAGAUCUUUUCAGUCAGCCAGAAAGACCAUUUCUGGCUCCGGGAAGACCAACUAUAGACAAUGUUCCCAAUCCAGAUAAAAGAAUACCUCUUGGGAAUGACAAUAUUCAGCAGGAAGGGGAUAGAGAUUACCGCUUUCCUCCUAUAGAAACCAGGGAGGGCAUUAAUAGACCUCCUCCAGUGGAUGUUAGGGAUGUGGUUGGGCGACCUAUAGAUCCCAGAGAAGGCCCUGGAAGGCCUCCAUUAGAUGGUAGGGAUCAUUUUGGAAGACCUCCUGUGGACAUGAGAGAGAAUCUUGUGAGGCCAGGUCUAGAUCAUCUUGGUCGACGAGAUCACUUUGGCUUUCCCCCAGAGAAACCUUGGGGACAUAGAGAUUUUGAUGAGAGAGAGCAUCGAGUUCUGCCAGUCUUUGGUGGUCCAAAAGGCGUACAUGAAGAAAGAGGUAGAUUUCGGGCUGGAAAUUAUCGAUUUGAUCCUAGAAGUGGUCCUUGGAACAGAGGAUUUGGGCAAGAAGUUCACAGAGAUUUUGAUGACCGCAGAAGACCCUGGGAGAGGCAGAGGGAUAGGGAUGACAGAGAUUUUGAUUUCUGCAGAGAAAUUAAUGGAAAUCGUCUUGGACGAGAUAGAAUUCAAAACACUUGGGUUCCCCCUCCUCAUGCUCGGGUUUUUGAUUAUUUCGAAGGGGCCACUUCUCAACGAAAAGGUGAUAACGUGCCUCAAGUUAAUGGUGAAAAUCCAGAGAGACAUGCUCAGCCACCGCCUUUACCAGUACAGAAGGAGCCUGAACUCUAUGAGAAACUGGCGUCUUCAGGUGACCUAGACAAGGAGGAGAGCGGCACAACUGCUGGUGUAGAAAGUGGAGCGGUGGUAGAGAGCACAGAGACUGAGGGGACAUAACGUCGCUCAGUAGGCAAGAUGAUGAGUGAAGUCCUGGCAGCUUCCCGCGUCCCAGGCCUUGUAGAAAUAAAUGAGACAGACGAGCUUCAGAGUUCUAAUGCGCAUCACGCCGGAAGCAUUAAAAGGAGCCCCGCCGUUGCCUGUUGAGAAGGCUCAGUGCUCUCAGGCGUGGUUUCCGGUUGAAUCCAGAGGUUACAAGCAUGCCUCCCUGUAUUACCUGUCGGAGCAGGUUUAAUUUUAUAAAUUCUAGACACAAACUCUAUGAGUUUCUAGUUCAUAGUUGUUCUUUUUGAGGAUCCGCUCAGACGAACAGUAUUACAUCCGUAAGAGAUAACGCGCUCCCACUGCCCACAGCUGGGUGAGGAAUCACUGGCAACCAGCUCUACCGGUAGCAUCGUCCAGUGCAUGAUGGGAAGGACAGAGGGUGAGGAAGCCUCCCCGGGAGAGUCAUACAGAUGGCCAGACCAUAGCGUUACUACACCAGCGAUUUUUUUUUUUUUUUUUUUUUUUUUUUCCUUAACACGAUAGAUGUUUACUGCUAUAAAGCCAUGUUCAAAAGCCUGGCUGCGGCUUCAAUCCACUAUCAUUAGUUACUUCCUUGGACACUCAAAAAAAAAAAAAAAAAAAAAAAAAAAAAAAAAAACAAAAAGCUGUAAGCUUUCAUUUUUAAAUCCUUUUUUAAUGCAACGUCGAGACAAGUCCUGGGGUCAGCCUACCGUCCUGAACCCUUUGCUCCGACCUUCCUGUCCUGUCAUGCAGGCAGCAGGGAUUUGGGCGGAGAAGCCUUGGGAGAGGAAGGGAAGCAGUGAUGAGCAGGCCUCCUGCAUGGUAGUCUCCCACACCUCAUGAACCAUUUCCCAGGAGCUUUUAAUUCAGGCAGAAGGCCAGGCCUGAUUUGUGUUUUUGACAGCUACCACUGUUCACGUGAAACUUGGGGGAGGGGGACUCAAAAAUUCAAACAUGAGCACCGUUUAUGCCCAAAAGACUAUUUUCAAUCAUUCUUUUUGUUUGUUUUGUCAAAAAAGAAUUAAAGUGCUUGGAAUUCUUUCUCUGUGGUCCCUUGGAAUGUAAUCAAUGAGAACCUUACACCUCGCACAGUAUGCUCUCACUUUGGACAUUCAUAAUAAAAGCUGAAACUCA